AUGCUUUUAGUUUACCAGUGUCCCAACUGUCAAAAGGCAUACGACAAACAAAGGUCCCUAUACGUGCACCAGUUGUACUAUUGCAAUAGGGAGUCCAAAUUUAGCUGUCCAAAUUCUGGAUGCUCGUACAGAAGCAAUCUGAAGUCGAAUCUAAAGAGGCACAUGCUGUUACAACAUGGAAUGACACAAGAGCAGAUCAGUGCCCUCACAGAUAGUAUGACCUAUGGUUAUAAAAAAUGGUGAAAUAAAUUAUAAUUUCACUUGUAUGUUAUUUAUUUAUUUUAUAGUCAAUCAACCUUUACUUUAGAUUAUGUCUGCUACAGUUCUGGAGGCUGGUACUUUAUAAAUUGCGAUUUUUGAGAACAUGGAAUCAUGUAUUUUCUUAGCACAUAUAUUGAAAUGUAGCCUGGUGAUGAUUUCGGUGAACUCCUUGUUUCAACUCUAAAGAGCAAGUACGGAGCAAAGCCAGUGGUACCGUGGUGAUAAGUCUUAUCUAUUUAUAUACAAGUAUAUACAAUGUCAAAAGGGUUGUAAAGGCAGAAGACUAG